CGCUGUUCCGCCGGCAGCGCUGGGCCCGCGCCGCGCUGCUCUACGCCGACGACGCGCAGGAGCGCGACUGCUACUUCGCCAUGGACGGCGUGCACGCCGCCUUCCAGGACGACGCCGCCGUCCAGCUGGCCGCGCACAGCUUCGACGAGCGCGGCCGCGCCCUCGACCCCGACGACCUGGUGCGCUCCCUGCAGGCGGCCGACAGAGUUGUAAUAAUGUGUGCCAGUGGUGAUACAAUAAGGAACAUCAUGUUAGCAGCUCAUCGUCAAGGAAUGACCAACGGAGACUACGUUUUCUUCAAUAUUGAACUCUUCAACAGUUCAUCCUAUGGAAAUGGCUCAUGGAAGAGAGGAGACAAACACGACCUUGAAGCAAAGCAAGCAUACUCAUCCCUCCAAACAGUCACUCUACUGAGGACAGUGAAACCUGAGUUUGAGAAGUUUUCCACAGAGGUGAAAAGUUCUGUUCAGAAACAAGGGCUGCAUGAGGAUGAUUACGUUAAUAUGUUUGUGGAAGGAUUCCAUGAUGCCAUUCUUCUCUAUGCUCUGGCAUUACGCGAAGUCCUGAGGUAUGGCUAUAGUAAGAAGGAUGGAGCAAAAAUUAUUCAGCAGACACGGAACAGGACAUAUGAAGGCAUUGCAGGGCAGGUGUCCAUUGAUGCCAACGGGGACCGAUAUGGGGAUUUCUCAGUAAUUGCAAUGACCGACCCAGAAACAGGCACACAGGAGGUGAUUGGCGACUACUAUGGAAAACAGGGGCGCUUUGAAUUUCGAUCAAACAUGAAGUAUCCUUGGAAUCAUGGCAAGCUAAGAGUAGAUGAGAGCCGCACUGCAGAGCACACAAACACCACACCUUGUAAAUCAUGUGGCCUAGGAGAGUCAGCAGUCACAGGAAUCAUAGUGGGUGCCUUACUUGGGGCAGGAUUGCUAAUGGCUUUUUACUUUUUCAGAAAGAAAUACAGAAUAACUAUUGAGAGGCGAAGUCAACAGGAAGACUGUAAUAUGGGCAAGCAUCGGCAGCUACGUGAAGACUCCAUUCGAUCACAUUUCUCUGCCGCGUAAAGAAGUCGGGUAGAAAACAAAAUCCAUUCUCCCUGAAGAAAACUUUAGGAAAAUGGACACAACCAAAGACAUCAGUGUAAAAGAAAGAGUUCUUCAAGAGCCUCUUCCUUUAAGUAGUAGAGUCAUUUUGUCUUAAUUUCUUUCAGAAACUCAGGAAUGAUUUACUAAUUGCAUGAUGCCACUUGGCCUUUCAUCUCAUGAAAACAAAAAAGACACAGUUUUCCAUUGUAGGAAGCCUGUAGUGUUCAGAGAGGGUAUACCCUAAGACAUUUAUUGUGGGCAGCAGUUCUGUGCUUAGAGCUGGAGAUGCCUCAUCCAGAUUGUCCUUUUUAACUUCUACUCCCUUAGUUGCAUCUCCCACAAGGAUAUUAAAUGUGGUGUUAUGGACACAGCUGCUGCAUCAUCAUCAGAAUAAAAACAUCUUAUUAUCACUGAAAUCAUUGGCUAUUUGCCACUCAGUGGCUGCAGGAUCAGAAUCAUAUAGUUUAAUCUUGGGAGAAAUUUGCCAUGUAAAAUGUAAUUAAUUUGUGCAGUAUAGAGAGUGGAAACACUAAUGGAAGUCAUUCUUUCUUGCUGUUGAUAGUAACAAAAUCAAGACUGGGCAUAGGAAGACUGAUUCUCCUCUCAUUUACACCAGUGCAAAUCACUAGCAACUCCACUGAAUUCAGUGGGAGUUUCCCCUGGUAUAAGGCAAGGAGAAUUGGGAGGUGAGAAUGGAUUUGCUAUUCCUUUAACCUUCAUAUUAUUUUAUUGUCCUCAUCUCUCUUUACCAUCAUCUCCUCUCUGAAAGGGUAGUAUAGUACAUGAUCUUGCUCCCACGGAAGGCAAUGACAAAAGUUCCACUGACUUUAGUGAGAGCCAGGUAUAAUCCACAAGAUGUGUAAAUAUUAAUACUGUGGGGUGUUUGUAUAGUAAAGGAAAUUCAACAGAUUUUCUUUGUAUAAAAAUGACAUUCCAUGCUAGCAUUUUAUUUUUUAGGUGUUUUUUAUCUUGUAUUUUUCUAUUAAAAUGUCUAUUUUUGCUCUGGUAAGAUUAAAAGUCAAGGUGAGAGAAGGUCUGAAGAAAUAUUUUUUACAAGCUCAAAUAAUGUGCACAGCAAGUCAAAGAUGUAAAUAAGUCAGAUUUUUGGGGCUGUGAAUAUUAAGCAAAUUUUCUUCCUCCUUCUACCCCAGGCAUGUAAAGAAUGCAAGUAAUUAAUUAGCUAAAGUAAUUUCAAUUCAGUAAUUAAUGUGAUAGUUAUUCAAGACGAUUCACCUUUAGACCCUGAUCCUGCAGGCAAUUAACUUCAUACCUGUGAGGAGUCCCAUUUAGUGAGGCUUGCUGCUCAUAUUUAUGCAUAAGGGUCUGCAGCACUGAGGCUUUAAGAUGCUGUUUUGAGACUGAUUUAAAUCUUACUGCCAUUGAUAUGCCUGGUAAUUUGGACAUUAACUUCAGUGGGAGCAGGCUUGGAUCGAAGAGGUAUGAAUGACUGAAAGUAGGGCUUUUUUUAUACCAUAUACAAAAAAUCUCUUAAAACGUUCUAGUCAGGAAAUGCAAAUGCAUAGUAGAUAUUACAAAUAGUGCAUGAUUUGAAGAGUGACAGCUGUAAAAUGCUGCCCGAGGAACAGAGGGAAAAAAUGCUGAAAGUAUGAUUAUGUUGCCUGAAAUCC